CCUCCCCCCUCCCCCCCCAAAAAAUUCCCAUCCGCAGCUUGUCCUGAAGAUCCAAACCACCAACCUACUUCGCGCUGCCCGCCGCUGCCUGCACAUCUCUACCGUUCCUCCCCAAUCCAACCACGUGCGCAUUCCCCUCUGCCCCCCAGGACCAUCCACGACUCCUUCCAAUCUUUUGACAUCGCCUUUGUUGCGCUCCUCUUGGUACCGCAUCCGCCUCCGCCACGGCUGCUUCUCCCUCUGCUCUGACCUCGCUCCACUGCUCCACCACCUCGAACGCUUACGCGCAACCCUCCUCUUGCAAUUUCGCUCUCGCCAUCUGACUGUCUCAUGCACCUCCGUUGGCAGCUCGGCACCCGCUAGCUCUCCAACAAGCCUUCGCGCAGCGACACGUACGCUUUUCACGCACGCAUUCUUUCACUCUUUCCACCUACCCGACAGCCCUCUCACGCCGUCACGUCGCUCGGCGCGCCGUCUUGCCCCGCUGUUAGACCGCAUUGCGACGCCGUUGCGCGCACAGCGUCCAAGUGGCUAGACGUGCAGCCGCUUCGGUGUUGGUGAGACACGCGCAAUCACCGUUUGCGCACACGGUCAGCCUUACGAUCGACAGCAAAAGAACGCUUCUCCCUUCUCAACUGCGCGCCCUUUGGCGACACCGACUUGUGCUAUUUUCGCCCCCUUCUGCGACGACACUAGAGUCUGCAUGGCCGGACGGCUGGCGUCCGUUUCUAGUGCGAGUCCUCCCAGUGUGUCCAUCUUCGGUUCCGCUGCCUUUGGUGCCGCUUCCCCACCACAGCAGUCCUUCGCGCUCACCAAACCUAUGAGCGCAGACGUUCUCACAAACACCAUGUCGUCGCAUUCCUUUGGCUUGUCUCCUAUCGGCGAGCGCCGACCGACCGAGUCGUCCGCCUCGUCACUGUUGUCGAAGCUGGAGCCCACCACGACCGCCCAUCAGGACAUGGAAAACCUCCCGGCCAUUCUGAUGCGAAAACUGCCUCGGAACACGACCCUGGACGUGCUUCGUACCAUGCUGCUGUUCGCAAAGGACAUGGUCGACGUGAGCUUCGUGGACCCCGAGUAUCCCGAGGACGCGUCGUAUUCAUCCGCCGUCGCGCGUUUCCUUACGCUGAACGGCGCCAAGGACGCAAAGGACAAGCUCAACGGCAAGGCCAUUUCCAACGAUGCAAAGUUGCUGGUCGAACUCUUUCAGAGCGGCAUCGCGUUCCCUAGCGCGCGCAGAAACACCGUCGACGGUACAACCUUGCGCCACGCGUCCAGCUCGGCUUCCUCGACAGGCUCCUCCGGCGCCGGCCUCAGCACGGGACGGCAGAGUUCGCGCUUCAACGGCACGUUCCAAAGCCUGGAGAAGAUGUCGCCGCCAAACGGCUCGCUCGGCAGCGACAAGUUUCCCGCCCCGGAGUCGAAGGCGUCCAUCCAAAGCCUGUUCUCCCCUCAGUCCCCACUUGCCAACGCGACCGUCUCCAGCAAGUCCAUGAUCAACGACGAUCCUACGGACGAGACCGGCAAGCUGCUCAACGACCCGGUCGCGUACGCACGCAGUGGCGAGAGUGCCCACAUGCCAGGCUCGAGGCGGCCCACGAACCCGGAGAUCCCCACGUCGCGCUUUGCAGGUCUGUCGCUACUUUCAACUGCGCCCGGCGGCGUUCAGUCGCCCCAGACCAACGGUUACGUGUCCCCUCGCCCAGGGCAUUCCAUGCAGUCGCCCAGCUCCGCCUUUUCAGCCGGUGGCAUGAACCCCAUGACGAACCUGAGUCCCUCCACGGGCUUCCCUAUGGCACCGCCGUUCCACCAACGACACCCACCCCCCAAUCCAGCCGACCAGAACCCGCCGUGUAACACACUGUAUGUGGGCAACUUGCCCGUCGACACGUCCGAAGACGAGCUCAAGUCCGUGUUCUCGAAACAACGCGGAUACAAACGUCUGUGCUUCCGUACAAAGCAGAACGGUCCCAUGUGCUUCGUCGAGUUCGAGGACGUGUCGUUUGCAACCAAGGCUCUGCACGAGCUGUACGGACAUCCGCUCCACAACAGCGUCAAAGGCGGCAUUCGGUUGUCCUUCUCCAAGAAUCCGCUCGGCGUCCGCUCCGGCCAGCAGACCAGCGGCCUGCAAGCCUCCUCUAUGGGUCCGCCUCCGGGCAUGCAGGGCAUGAACGGCGGACCCAUAGGAGCGCCUCCGGGCUUCUCGACCGCCACGGGGCCCCCGCCAGGGCUGCCGAACCCGAACCCAGCCGCAUCGCCGCUAGCUUCUGUCAACGGGAACACGAAUUACGGUCUGUACGGUGCUGCCGGUGGAUUUGGCAUGUCAAAUGGCGCGUAUGGACCCUCUAUGCGACAACCUAUGCCUAUGCCUUCCACUAUGACCGGCAACCCGUUCCAAGGCAUGAACAACGAUUACAUCUCGUUCAUGGGUCGAUAAGAGAGUGUUCACCACAUGCUCAAGCACCCCAACCCUCACCCACUGUUUUUGAUCGUUGUUACGAAAGGCGCAAGCAAGACGGGACACUUGCGCACGCCUCCGUCAAAUCACUAACGGCAUCGAUCGUUCAUUUACAGCAUCAAUCUUUGCAGCGUUGCGACAUAGCCCAUGGUUUUUCUCAGGCGUUAAAUCAUGAACAUAUGAACAUUGUUAUCCAAUCAUCUCUUAUCAUCGAGCCUUGUUGAAUCAUCGGAUCAUCAUCGGAUCAUCAUCGCUAUCUUCGUCAUUGUCAUUGUUCCACCGGUGGAAGGCAUAGCAAACGAGCUGUUUUUUUUUCUUUUUUUUCAUACUUGGCCCAAGAUCAUCUCGAUCAAUUUUUUUUGGUGGCUCUAUUGGCUUUGGCUUCACACAAAGAGAUUCCCCCCCUUGCGCGCGCAUCGAAAUCACAUCACUUGAUCUUUUAUUGAGCUUUACUUGGGAUACGGUUUCCGCGGUCCGGCGUUGCAUCUUGUUGCGGGGCGCAGAAGAGGGGAUAGGCAAACGAAACUUGGACGCGUUGACUUGAGGCGGCAGGAUUGGGGGCCCGUGGCCUAUCUUUCCCCCCCUUAUUUCCUCGAUCACCUCUCGGCUUUUUUUUUCUUUUACUCUUCCUGAUCGUCAUGUUCAUGGCUCUUUGUUUUUGGUCUGGAUCGGAUACCUAGAAAGCGCUUCACGCGGACAGACAGUUCGUGUUCUUGGUCGGGGCGUUUCAAUGGUGAACAUCUCGGCAUUUGGGUCGGAAAAGUGGGUUUUCAUAUACACUUUUCGUUUGGAUGGAAGGUCGACUAUGCAUCUCACGGUUCCUUUGGCCUGCGUGAGGUCUCUAUGCUCGAUGCUUCCACAGAUGACGAGCCUGGUCUGGCAAAACUGUCGUUACGGUUCUGUGCGAUUCUCUUAGGCGCUUCCUGUCACUUUCAACAUGGCGCUACGUCCUGCUUCAUCGUCAUCCUUUUUUUUUCCCUUGUUCGCUGGCUCUCUGAGAUCUACUGCCGCGCUCACCCGUCACACUUUUCCGAUUCGGCCUCGCGUUCCGCUCUUACUAGGCCCAAACCUACGUCCAUGAGGCCGUUUGCGAAUGAUGGAAAGAAAAGGCAAUGCAUCAUGAUGGGUUAACAUUUGUCUGGAACAAUGGGGGGCUGGCGUCCAGUCUCAGGGACGGACUGAACAUAAACAGGCAUGUUCAUCGUCAUGCGAUGUGCCAUUACACUUCUUUUACACACAAAUGCGGCGUUUUUUCCUAUUUUCAUCUUCCAACAUACCCUUGUCAUCUGUCUGUCCUUACGAUAUUUCAUCACACGGUCUCGUGCUUAUAAUCACCCGCGAACGAGGAGGGCGGCUUGGUGCAGACAGGUCUUUUCCAUCACGUUCUGGCCCGAUCGACAGCCACGACUGCCGUCGUCUUUGUCCCCAUCCUUCUUCAUUGUCCAAUUUGCAUGACACGAAGUGUUUCCUUUUGGAAGGAGAGCGGGGGUUUAGCUUGAUAGCAUAAGGGAAACGGUUGGGAAUACCUAUCUGCAGAGGAUAGGGCUUUCGAUGUAUACGACGGUUUGUUCACUUUUCACAACGUCUGGCUUUCGCUAGGUGGCCGCCCUCCAAUAGACCUUCGGGGAGCACGCGCUGGCGAUACCGGGCGGAAAUUCAAGAUAUCCUACUUUCUCUGAGAC